GGUGGCCGAUGAUGGGUGUCCGGCCGGGCGCUGGACCGCUGGUCCUGCCAUCGUCUACUCUCGUUUUCUGCGAGGGGAGCUGCAUCUGCAUCCACUCUCGUGCGAGGGGAGCUGCGUCUACUUAAGGCCGGCCGUGCCAGCAAGAACAGACGCAGAGCGGACCAUGCCGACGCGCGCAGAGGGAAAUGCCGGCAGCGGGAAGACGGUGUGCGUCACCGGCGCCGGCGGGUACAUCGCCUCGUGGCUCGUGAAGCUCCUCCUCUCCCGCGGCUACGCCGUCCACGGCACCGUCCGCCACCUCGGCGAGGAGAAGACCGGCCAUCUGAGGCGGCUAGAGAACGCUUCCGAAAGCCUCAGGCUCUUCAAGGCUGAUCUCCUUGAUUACGACGCAAUGGCAGCUGCCGUCGUGGGAUGCCAGGGAGUUUUCCAUGUCGCCACUCCCGUUCCUUCGGGAAUCCUAACCGAUCCAGAGCUACAAAUGUUGGGCCCUGCUGUUACUGGUACCACGAAUGUGCUCAAGGCCGCCUCUGCGGCCAAUGCCGUGAGAGUGGUCGUCGUGUCGUCCAUGGUCGCCGUCGAGAUCAACCCCAAAGACUGGCCCCAAGGUAAAAUCAGAGAUGAGAGCUGCUGGUCGGACAAAGAAUUCUGCAGGAGCAACGAGAGCUGGUACCCUGUUGCUAAGAUAGCGGCGGAGGCGGCGGCACUCGAGUACGGGCGGGAAACCGGGCUCCGCGUGGUGACUCUCAAUCCGGCGCUGGUGUUCGGUCCCCUGCUCCAGCCGACCAUCAACACGAGCAGCCAGUUCCUCAUCUACUUCCUCAAAGGAGGCCCUGACGAGACGAGGGACAAGCUGUGGCACAUCGUGGACGUCCGCGACGUCGCCGACGCGCUGCUCCUGCUCUACGAGGCGCCCGAGGCCACGGGCAGGCACAUCUGCGCGCCUCACUUCAUCACCGCCCGGGAGCUGCUGGGCUUGCUCAAGAGCAUGUACCCUGGGUACCCCUGCAUAACCGAGGAGAGCAUACGUGACAUGGAUCACCCGGCUCCGAUGACCUCCGGGAAGCUGGAGAAGCUGGGGUGGAGCUCCUGGCCACUGAGGGAAACGAUCACAGACACCGUCGAGUUCUGCCAGGAGGCCGGGUUUCUUGAGGACGUGGAUGGUGAUGAUACGCCCUGCCGCUUCCCCCCUCUUCUCAACAAAGUCUAGAUCACAACUUUCCCAAGAAGUUUGGGGGUCGCCACUCGCGAACAAAUAAGGAUACGAAUAAAAGACGGCAAAUUCUCUGUUCAAGCACCCCGAGUGUUAACCCUCGCCUUGCUAACUAGCUCAUGAGCCACACGGCUGGUUUCACACGCACAAUGCUCAAGAGGAACAUGCCCGAAAUUAUUAAUUUU